GUCACCGUUAGCUUUUUCCGCCCAUUAAGUCUCAGCGAACUCUCACGCACGAAGCUACCAGUCACCAGUAAUCAAUCCCUUCUUCCUCUGUUUCUAUGGAUCGUACUCUCAAGUCCGUCGUUGUCUUCUCACUCCUCUUCGUCUCCGCCGCAUCGUCAGAGACGGAGAGUGUCUCCCUCGUCGAGAGCGACGCCGACCCACUGAUCCGGCAGGUGGUCGAUGGCGAUCAUCGAUUGGGCGCUGAGCACCAUUUUUCUCUGUUCAAGCGUCGGUUCGGGAAGUCGUACGGGUCUAAGGAAGAGCAGGAUUACAGGUUCAAUGUGUUCAAGGCUAACCUGCGCCGAGCUCGGCGACACCAGAAUCUGGACCCGACGGCGGUUCACGGUGUGACUCAGUUCUCGGAUAUGACACCGUCCGAGUUUCGGAAGGUUUUGGGCCUCAGAGGCCUCAGGUUGCCUGCUGAUGCGAACAAGGCUCCCAUCUUGCCGACCGAUGAUCUUCCCAGGGACUUUGAUUGGAGAGAUCAUGGAGCUGUUACGCCUGUUAAAAACCAGGGUUCAUGUGGAUCAUGUUGGAGUUUCAGCACAACUGGAGCCCUGGAAGGUGCUCACUUCCUCUCUACUGGGGGACUAGUCAGCCUUAGCGAGCAGCAGCUUGUGGACUGUGAUCACGAGUGUGAUCCAGAAGAACCACGUUCUUGCGACUCUGGUUGCAAUGGCGGACUGAUGAAUAGUGCUUUUGAGUACAUCCUUAAAGCUGGGGGAGUCAUGAGGGAAGAAGACUAUCCUUAUACUGGGAAUGAUCGUGGGACCUGCAAAUUUGACAAGUCAAAGAUUGCAGCUUCGGUUGCCAACUUCAGUGUCGUUUCACUUGAUGAAGGGCAGAUUGCUGCUAAUCUUGUGAAAAAUGGACCCCUUGCCGUGGCCAUCAAUGCGGUAUUCAUGCAAACAUAUAUUGGUGGGGUAUCAUGCCCAUAUAUAUGUUCAAGGAGGUUGGACCACGGAGUGUUGCUGGUGGGAUAUGGUUCUGCAGGUUAUGCUCCCAUUCGGAUGAAAGAGAAACCAUAUUGGAUAAUUAAAAAUUCUUGGGGAGAGAAUUGGGGAGAAAAUGGUUACUACAAGAUUUGCCGGGGGCGCAAUAUCUGUGGGGUUGACUCCAUGGUUUCCACUGUGGCUGCUGUUCAUACCACUUCUCAGUAGGACCCGUAUUGCUGUACCUAUAACAAAGCAUCUGCUACACCCUACAGGUAUCUUGUACCCACCCCGUCCUAUCCAGUCUUGCGUAUUUCUUGGAACAAUUUCAUGGCCAUGAUUAACGGAGAACUUGUCGCAUGGAUCCCUUUUGUUUUUGGGCCACCCAUGCUGCUAACCUAUAUGUCCAAGAAUCUUGAAUCGAUUUGCUUUCCUCAAUAUAUCAAAAUAUCAUUCAGAGGUGAUUUAA